AUGCACUCGUCAUUGCCGGAUCUGCCACCGGAAUUGGUCCGCGAGAUCUGCGGCCGCCUGCACGACGUCGCCGACUUCGUCCGCUUCCAUGCCGUUUGUAAGUCAUGGCGCGAUUCAUACCAUCCAGUGACGGCCCAUCAGUUCCUGCCGUGGCUCCUUGCGCCUAGUAUGGUGGACGACGACUCCCUCAAACUCAGAUGUGUCUUCUCCAACAUGAGCUACCGCGCCCCGCCGCUGCCGCCAAUAUCUCGCACCAACGGCCAGAUGAACUGGGUCGCCAAUGCUAACGGCACCGCCAUCCGCUACUUCACUGCUUCCCCCGACGGGCUGACCUUCCAUGACCCUCUCGCCGGAGAGCUCAUGACCCACAUGCCUCCGUUCCCAAAUGAGGGGGUCGAUGGACGGUUGGGGGAGAAUCCCAGUGGCAUCAUUUACAGCGAUGGUACCAUGCUUUUGUACAGCAAGCAUUACAGCAGCGAACAAAACACCACCGAGUUCAAGGCGGCGCUCCUGCGUCCCGGGGACAAUGAGUGGACCUUUGUCAAAAGGACCCUCGAAUCCCCCUACUAUGGAGAGUUUUGUGUUGCGUAUCACGCUAGGAAGAUCCUUGUGACCGUGAAGAGCGACCUCUGGCACGUCGUGACAACACCAUCCGCUGCCGCGAACUGCAACCAAGUGAGGAUCCCCAAUUUGUCGUGGAUGCCACACGAGGAUGAUGGUUACUACUAUGAGUACGGUUAUGUGCUCGAGUCCCGUGGCGAGCUUAUGUGGGUGUCGCUGCACAUCAAGAAGGAUUACCCAGACAUGAGUAGGACAAGCAUCCGUGACCUAGAACAUGCGUUCUUGAUGUCCGUGCACAUGCUUGGGGAGGCCAUUAAGGGACCGGAGAAGUUGCGGUGGGUGAGGAAGGUUGGUCAGAGCCUGGCUGACCGUGUCCUAUUUCUGGGGUGGCCCAAUAGUUUUGCCGUGGACGCGUCGAGGCUAGGCGUGACCGGCGGAUUCACCUACUUCUUGUUCUAUGACAACCACCCUCUACGUAGGCGAAGUGGUGUGUUCAGGUACAACCUCAUCGACAACGCGGCCAAGUUCAUUGAGUGGCUACCCCAAGGAUGGGACAACGAGAUGUGCACAUGGGUCGUCCCCCAGCCCACCAUUGCUCCAAUCCACCAGGGUCGAGCAACUAUUCCAAGAAGCAAUAACAUGAUUCACAUCCAAAGAUGCUACGGCCCUCCUUUUGAGGUGUUGGUGCGCAACCUAUCUCCCACAACGAAGAGCUCUCAGCUGGAACAGUUGUUCAACAAGUACGGCAGGGUGUCGAGCGCCAAUGUGAUGUACUACAAGAAGACCAAGACCUCACGGGGCAUCGGCCUCGUCACGAUCGCGAUGAUGCACGUCUGUCUAGAAGAUGCACUUGCCGCCCUGGAUGGGUUGGUUUUAGAUGGACGCAGGGUCGAGGUUAUCUCGGUCAACGGCAUGCAACUACAAUGA